AUGACUUCGGAAGCUGGUUCUGGCGUGGGAAUGUCCUCAUCAGGCUCACGUAAGCGCUCUCAGAGCCUCUUCCUUGAGGAGAUGUCCAUUAGUGGCAGAUCUCGUUCAUCUAGAGGUCACAAACGCACAAAAGUCGAGCACGAUCUCACUCCCGCAAGCAGCAUUCAGCAGGACCAAAGUGCUGUUGUCCCUUGGACCAACGACGACGUGGACAAUACUGAGGAAGAAGGUGAAAAUGACGGACACGUCACUGCCUACGAUGCAUUCAAGACAGAGAUCCUUCCGAAGCUGGCCGUGUACCACCCAUCCUUCGAGCUUGUUGAGGAGCUGCUCACGGGAACGUGCGACGAUUUGCGGACACUCUAUCACAAUCUCAAGGCGAGCGGCUUUGUUAACGCAGAGAUCGAACUCAUCCUAGAAGGCGACAAGGGAAGCAUCAAGUCUCUUCGCAAUCCCGCCAGCCACUACGCUCCAGUCAAGCCGGCAGCGUUGUAUGGACCUUCUGGCGUUGGCAAAUCGUCAACUACCAAUUCAAUCCUUGGCUUCAAAAAGGCGGCCUUCGAGAACAGCUCAGAUCGCGGGACAUACGUUCCCACUGAGUUCCGCGCUGCGAGUGGGUCUCAGGAGGCCCCUUGGGAGAUCCACGUACCGUUCCUCUCCAGGAGUCAAACGCAGUUCAUGGUCAGACAUCACGUGGCCAAUAUCUUCGAGCGCAUCGACUGCGACGAGGACGAGGUCGAACAAGAAGACAUGGAGGAUCUGGAGUCGAGAUACACUACGGGUCUAGACUUCUUCUACUGGCUCUUCCGCGAUCAGAAGGACUUCAAGACUCCAGACCAUUGCGCACAAUACUUCAAGGCGCGCGGUGAGGACGGCUUUGACGAAAUUUCCAUUGCUGCAGACCUCGUGGACAUGGUUGGCAGCUUCUUGAAAACCAGGUCGCUGCAGGACGGCCGGGAAAUCCACGCUGCGCAAGACGAGAAUAGCUUGGCUAAGAUUGUGAAAGAUAUCGCUCGGCCAAGCAAAGAUCGAUCUGGAUCUGGCGUGUCUCCGUGGCCACUCGUCGAGAAGAUUGAAAUCCGUCUCGAGCACAAACUUCUGGGCAAAGGGGUUAUCAUUGCUGAUCUGGCGGGAAUGUCCGACACCUCCGCCACCGUGGUCGAGAGCACUCGCAAGUACAUCAGCAAUGCUGGAGCAAUCUACGUCUUCGCUACACACAAGCGCAUCGAGAGCGAUACUGUGCUGGACACUCAGCUUCGCGAAUACGUCGGCCUCGGCAAAUCUGGCGAUGUUGUGCUUGUGGUCACCCAUAUCGACAGUCAUCCCGUCUAUGCCGAAGCUGAGAGGGAUGACCUUCCUGCAAGUGAUCUGUCCUUGCUCAAGAAAGCUGAGCUAAAGCUCAGAAAUCUGCAGGCUGAGGACAAGCAGCUCCAGCGAGAGAAAAAGAAGGCAUCCGGUUCUCGAAAGAGCGAAAUCAACGAUCGCCUCGACACUCUUCAGGAAGACCUUGCCAGCGCCAAGGCUCGGGUGCGCCAAGUCUGCAUCGAGAUCCGUUGCCGCCAGAUUAAGACCGAGAUGUCAACGCGCUUGCAGAGGCUGGAGAGGAACCAGAAUGCUCCCGAGCUGCCCAUCAUCUUCGUCUCCAACGCGAUCUAUCAGCAACACGUUAACGGCUUCUCGCCCACAGAUCAGCCUGAACUUGAUGUUGAGGCUACCGGCAUCCCUUCACUACGCCGUCACUUGUUCGAGCUUGCAGCAGGGUCAAAGUUCCAUAAAUUGAGGCGCAUCUGCCGCGUGUUGCUCCCGAACAUGGUCAGCGGUGCUCUGGGCGUGCUCACGAAGUCUAAGCUGGAGCGCUUGGACGAUGGGAGGAUGGCUCUGAAUACCGUGCUCGAUCAACGAUCGGGAGUUGUCAAGAGGGUGCAGGAGGACGUCGUGCAACGCUUCGGCUUGUAUGUUCUCGAUACUAUGGAUAAGUUUGUUGGCCGGUCAGUGCUAUGA